UGUGUGGUUGUCUGAGAGUGAGAUAGAAAAAAUCAUGUAUUUAUUUAUUUUUCACACCAAAUUGUUGAGGCCCCCCGGGCGCCCCCUGGCGGUCCACACUUUGAAAACCACUGAGUUAGGCAACUUGUGCUGUGAUACCGAGUCAGAACAACUCAAAAUAUAACUCCAAAUUUAAAAAAAAUACGACGAGUAGAAAGUAUAAAUGAUACAUAUUUGAAAUAUUUUGCAUUUUUGAGCAAAAAUGGGUUUUAAACAUUGUUUGGUUUUUUUGUCAUUUAAUUGUCAAUAUUUAAACAAAAAUAAUAAUAAACACGCCGUCAUUUGCAUUUUGCUUUUCACUUUUGAACCCAAAAACGAAUGAACGCACCUCACCGACCUCAAAUCAUUUUAAAACGACUAUACUUAUUUUUUUCUUUGCCUUAUGUAUGCUGUUUCCCACUUGUCCUGCUAAGGCUUCCGUAAAGAAAACUAAACCCGCCUCUUCUCUGAUUUGAUUGGACAAACCAUAUGCAGAGUCUUUUCUCUGAUUGGUCGGUUACGUCAUAUGCGGUAGUAACUUCCUGCAGCAAUGGCAGCAAUGACAGCAAUGGAGAUAGAAAAGCGGCGUGGGAGAAAUUCUGCCCUGGCCAUCGCCGCUGUGGUCAUCCUUCUUGGCUUGCCGUUAUGGUGGAAGACCACAGAAACAUACCGCGCCUGGCUCCCAUAUUCCCAAAUCUCUGAGCUCGACUCCUUACAGCUCCAGUUAAGCGUCGAGGUCGAGGUGGUGUUUUCUCGAGGAACCCUGAGCCCAGAGCAGCAGAAGAAGGUCCCGCUCAGUCAGGCCAAAGAGCAGGAGCACCAGGUAGAUGCUAAGAACCUGCUGCGGUAUAGGUACGAAACCAAGUAUCGCACGGCUACCGUCAUGGAAGAAGACGCUUUAAAUCAGCCCACAGCUCAAGAGGCGGAUCGUUCUCUGCACGUGCUCAGUGAGAGCGCUUGUGGCUCUGUCGUGGUGUACGUCAUCCCCGAGUCGUCCACCUUGCUACCUGCUGAUGUGAAAGUAUUUGUGGGUCAGUGGCGCACUGCUUUGCUGCGUGCCGCUCCGCUUCCACCUGCCGGGAGUCUGAAGGAGGUGCUGUCCGCUCUGGAGCCUCAGGUCAAGCAGGUGAUCGACACCAUGUCCUUUAGCCACCAGGAAAUCGUCGGCGCUCUGAGCGACCGCAUCCGCAUCAGCCAGGUCAGCAAGGAGAGCCUGGUCGACAGCAUGAGGGCCAUCAAGUCCAGUCCAGGUUAUGAAAUCACGUUCAGCCUCUUGAACCCUGACCCCAAAUCCCACAGCCUGCACUGGGACAUCGAAGGAGCUGUUCAUAGCUACAUCCAGCCUCUUCUGAACAAACUGACCCCGAUAGCGAACUUCUCCGUGGACUCGCAGAUCCUGUACUACGCAGUGUUGGGGGUCAACCCUCGUUUUGACAACACCGUAUCAGCGUACACUCUCAACGCAGCCAGCCUGGCGCACGUCAUCAAUCCUGUGGAAGCCAGGCUAGGCUCCAAUGCUGCGUCUUCAUACCCGGUGCUGAACUUCCUGCUGUAUAUACCCGAAGCCCAUCACUCUCCGCUCUUCAUCAGAGACCACGGGAAGAAGGAAGUGUCUUCAAACGCCUUCCACAGCCCCCGCUGGGGAGGGAUAAUGGUGUACAACGUGAACGACAUGUACGGACCUGAGGCGGAAUUUCCUGUCGAUAUCAACAUCGACAUGGCCAAAGUAAUGGGUGUCUUCUUGGCACAGUUAAGGCUGUUAUUGGGAGUACAUAAGACACAACCUCCUCCCGGUUUCGUUCUGCAGAGCCCAGGCAGCGCAGGAUUGGCCGAUUGGGAGCUGGACCGGCUGCUGUGGAGUCGCAGCGUAGAGAACGUGGCUACCGCUACGACCACCAUCACCUCGCUCGCUCAGCUCCUCGACCAGAUCAGCAACAUCGUUAUUAACGACAACAUCGCCCAGCAGGUGUCCAGUGCGGUGACGUCGCUCCAGGCUGCCAUGGCGGAGCUGGAGGCCGGGAACUUGGCCUUCGCCCUGCAGUACAGUCGGGAGGCCAUACUGGCUUCUGAGAGAGCGUUUUUCGACCCCUCUCUUUUGCAUCUGUUAUACUUCCCUGACGACCAAAAGUUUGCCAUUUACAUCCCUCUCUUCUUGCCCAUGUGUGUGCCCAUUGUGCUCUCGCUGCUAAAGAUCAUCAGUGAGAUCAGACAGAAACGUGCUGACAAGCUGGCCAAAAAAGACUGAGAGAACACUAAUGCACACGCAGAAUCUGUUGGUGCCUGUGAAUGUUGUUUCUACGCACUGAUUUUUCAUUACACUGUACGUUGUUACUAAAGACAGUCUGUUGUGUAGAUAUUUACAGUCAUAUACAAGGACUGUGUUGUCUGUUUAAAGGCUGGAAAGCAUAAGUACUUUUCAGAUUCCUUUGGAGUCACCUUUUGAACCGAACCGUUUAUGCGUUUUCGGGUAUUUUUUGCGCCCACCGAGGGGAGGAGCGCUCGUCACGUCAGUGUUCAUUCAUACAUUUAAAGAUUUUUUUUUCCAUAGAAUCAAAGAAAUUUUCAUUUAGCUAAUUACUUCCUCUUCUAAAAGCCAGGUUUAUGAGGGUUCAGCACAAUUUACAGCCCAGCUACAUCUUUAAAACCACACAAAAGACCUGAAACUAACCGAAAAAGUUUGGAUAUCGGAAAAGCCAUAUUAAUUUUCCUUCUUUUUCCGCAGUCUUUGCCUGGGGAAACCAGUUCACUGAGGUGUGCACCAACGAUCUCAUUCACAGUAUCUGCAAUAAGCCCUUUUUUUUGUCAUCGGUUAUUAUGAACAUUAUGUGGUGUUGGUACAUGGUGUCCAUUUAAAAAAAUAAAUAAAUAAAUUAUUAGUCUUGUUUACUCUAUAAAAUCUUAACAUAAGGGCAAAAGCAUGUUCUAAUGAAAUUGUUAAACUGUCCUGUAAGUUUUGUCUUGAGCUACAUUGUCGAAACAGCUGGGACAUAUUUAAUAUGUAAAACAUUUUAAGUUUGUACUAUAACUUCUUUAUUGCCCCCCCCAUCCCCCAUUGUAGUCUAUUAGCUCAAUAUCAAAUUGAUACCGAUCCAUAUUGGCUCAGUCUGUUUGCUCAGUCCAGAUGUGAGAAUCUGUUUGUUUUUCUCUCAUUGUAAUUUGAUAUUACAUGAAUUACAACAUUAUGUAUUCACUUACUGUAUUUUGUUUUUGCCGUCUGACAGUAUCACUGGAAUCCUUAUGACGUUUGAACUCUUAUAGACAUGCUUAUUGUCCAUAUGAAAGGAAAAUAUGAAUGUAUUACUAUUUUUUUUAAUAAUAUUGAAGGCAUUAACACUGAAGUAACACUUAUGGAGUAAUGCCAUGAGCAUUAGUGAAGUAAAUCUGGCAUGUGGAUAUGACGUGUCUGAAGCGGUCAUACAAAAAUAUAGAAACCCACAUAGUUAAUAGUUUAAUGAAAGGACUGAACCAGGUCGGGGGUUCGAGUCCCGUCGCAGCACUGUGUGUGCGGAGUUUGCAUGUUCUCUCCGUGCUG